UAUUAUGUUUGAUAUAUUUUUGUGAUAUAAAGAUUGAUUCGUGUUCAUUUAUAUCAAUUAUAUCCUAUUGUCGAUCAUAAACAGAUUUAUCAAUAGCGAAAAUGUUUAAAGUUACGUCACUUGUACUGAUCAUCUCAAUUCUUGCUCCUUUUGCAAUUGCAGGACAGGAUUCAGCUGUUGAAUGGAGACCUUAUAAUGGAGUACCAGAUGACCAUGCAAUAAUAAUUCAAGUUCAAACUGAAUAUAGCCCAGCUGUUUAUAUUGGCCUAGCACACGUGAUUGAUAAUGCAGCGCAGUCUGAAGCUUAUCUUCCUGUAAAUAUAGUUGAAGGCUUCAACUAUGCAAACGUAACUUUAAAUGAUAAAAACUAUAUGGCUGACAAUCUUCAGAUUCUAUGUUUCAAAAACCCUGAUGCAUUGGGAUGGCAAUAUACAAAAGCAGCAAACUUUGAUGACUUAUUGAAUGAUUCUAAAAUUGCUCCCAUAGUAGCUGGUUGGGAGGCACAUUCAGUAGUAUACAAUGCAACGGUAUAUAUGGGAGUGGGUUACAUUCCAGCUUUGGGAGGCAACAAUGUAGGAAAAGUAUAUCACGGGCUUCCACAAACACAAAACAGAAGGGAUGGUAGUUUAUACAUAGAUAGGUCAGGUGUGUCUGCUGAAUAUUAUCUUGCUGGUGGUAGUUUCAAUGUGCCAGUUUAUUAUAAAUAAAUGCAAUGUAAAGCAAUUCUGAAUUAAAUUACUUUAUAGGUAGUCUAA